CUGGAGGACGAGAAGACGUUAAAACGUGUUAAACACACUUUAAUGGUUUAAAUCAAUAAAUCCUUGACGAGAUCAUAAAACUCAGAAGAGCUGGGAAGUGAAUCGAGCUGGCAUUUGAAUCAGGUUCACCUGCAGUCCAGUGAACAGGAGUAUGGUGGGCGUUCGUGUCUGGCUGCUGCUGCUGUCGUCGGUCUCUCUCAGGGUGUCGGCAGUGCCUAUAGAGCGCGGUCCUCCCACGCAGGACGAGAAAGCCGAGGAUAACGCGGACACAGGGCUAUAUUAUGAUCGUUAUCUGAGGGAGGUGAUCGAGGUCCUGGAGACGGAUCCUCACUUCAGAGAGAAACUGCAGAGCGCAAACACCGAGGAUAUUAAAAAUGGACGCCUCAGUAAGGAGCUGGAUCUGGUGGGUCACCAUGUCCGAACUCGGCUAGACGAGCUGAAGAGGCAGGAAGUGUCUCGCCUCAGGAUGCUGCUCAAGGCCAAACUGGACAGCACCAACAUGCAGAGUGUUCAGAUGGAUCACGUGUCUUUACUGAAGCAGUUCGAGCACCUGGACCCUCACAAUCAGAACACGUUCGAAGCCAGAGACCUGGAGCUGCUCAUCGCCACGGCCACUAAAGACCUGGAGAAUUAUGAUGCGGAGCGUCACGAGGAGUUCAAGCGUUACGAGAUGCUGAAGGAGCACGAGAGGAGGGAGUACCUGAAGAGUCUGGACCAGGAGAAGAGGGAGAGGGAGGAGAAGAGGAUGGAGGAGAUGAAGGAGAAACACCGCCAGCAUCCCAAAGUCAACGCUCCGGGGAGCGUGGACCAGCUGAGAGAGGUGUGGGAGGAGACGGACGGGCUGGACCCACAGGAGUUCAACCCCAAGACCUUCUUCAAACUACACGACACUAAUGGAGACGGCGUGCUGGACGAGCAGGAGCUGGAAGCGCUCUUCACAAAGGAGCUGGAGAAGGUGUACGACCCGAAGAACGAGGAGGACGACAUGAUGGAGAUGGAGGAGGAGAGGCUGAGGAUGAGGGAGCACGUCAUGAAGAAUGUGGACCUGAAUCACGACCGGUUGGUCAGCCUGGACGAGUUCCUCAAAUCCACGGAGAAGAAAGAGUUCAGCAGCCCGAAGGAGUGGGAGACACUGGAUGACAAUAAGCCGGUGUACACGGAGGAGGAGCUUCAGCGCUUUGAGGCGGAGCUUUGGGAUAAACAGGUGGAGCUCAGCAGGAGGGCGGAGACUCUGAGACAAGAACAGGAGAUUCUGAAAGAGAGAGGCAAAGCUCUGGAGGCCCAAAAGAAAGAAUACCAGCAGGCGGUGGUGGAGAUGUCGAGACAGAAAGCCCAGCAGGCGGCGCGCCAACUGCCUCCUUCAGGCCCUGAUGGAGAACUGCGGUUUCAGCCGGACGCUCGGAACCUGGCUCAAGAACAUCACCAAGUUGGAAAGAUGCCUGUCGACCCAAACAGAGACGUCCAGAACGGCCUGCCUGCUGAGCCACCACAGAACCUUCAACACACACCAUAACUCACCUCACGUAACACACACACACACACACACACACACACACACACACACACUCUGCUGCUAAGCACUCUCCUCAUUGUCACCUCAAAUUACAGCCAACUUUUAACGUACGGUUCGCUUCUUGGUUUUUAAUCUCGCUUUGAUCAAAGGAAAACUCCUCCCUGAACCAUUUGCAUAUUAAUUAGCAUAAUUAACACGAGAUCUUUAACCUCCGAUGUUUAAAAUUCGAAUGGAUCCCCGCAUUACCCGCCAUGCCGUCCGGCCGCCUGCUCGCCGCGGUGCAGUGGGGUUCAUCCCUGUCUUCAUCUCUACCGUAAGAGAGUGAUGCGGCGGUGCUUUAGUGCCAACACCAACCAACCAAUAAGCACAAGAAUCAUCGAAAAUGACUAAAUAUAAACGUAUAGAAUGCGUUCGAGGGUGGAGUUAAACUUGAGUAGUGUGCAGCUCCUGCAGUUUGGUAAAAAAGCCGUUUUUCUUUCAAAUGCAUUCGAUUGGCUGAGCUGUGUGUAUUGUGUUUCAUUUAGCAUUGCAGCUAAUGUAAGACUUAUAUUGCUAACAAGCUAACAGGAUAAUGCCGUUCAUGGCGGCUCAGCCAUCUUGGACACUCGUAAUUACUUUAUGCUGCAAUCGACUUACCUCAUAGUAGCAUGAGCGGGCGGCCAUGUUGUUUUGACGUCACUGGCCAUGGGGGUGUUUGCGUUUGGUUUUUCUUUAUUCGGAGGUCUGAAACGAUGAGUUACGACCUUUAUUCGAACGCAGUGUGAUUUUUUGUUGUUGUUGUUGUUGUUGUUGUUUGACUCCGCCCCUAAAUCGGUAGGCCACACCCCCAAAAUGUGGAUUGUAUAAUAAGUGACGUGGACGAGGAUCAAAACUCCAGUGUAAACACGAACGCCGCUAUUGUACGAACGGAUUAAACGAUGGAAAGAGAUGAAACGUGUUUAGCGUAACGACGUGAUUUAGGUUUAUUACGGUAUUUAUGGAUUUUGCGUGACUCGGACUUCUAAUUUCAACUUCUUGCACGUUUUUGCUUUGAAAUUUUGUGUCAUGUUCAGUUAUUUGAUUUGUGAAUAUUCAUGCCAGCUUUUAUUACUAUCUCACACACACACACACACACACCGUGAGCAGACAGAACGGGAUUUCUGUGGAUUCUGUUGAUUUUAUUUUAAUCAUAAUAAAGCUGUUGUCAGACUCUA